AUUAUUGAAAAGGUUUUUAAAAAAAAAAUUGUUUACUAAUUGAAAAGGCUUAGGUAUUGCUUUCCUCUUGAGCGGCGGUGGUUGUUAAUCUGUUCAUCAUCUUUUAGUUUGUGUUCUCUGUGAGAUUGGCUGAUUGUCGAUCUUCAUAUGUUUUCCAAAAUAAAGGCAGAGGAUGAGAAAUCCUCAGAAUCACCAUCGUCUCUGAUUCUCUCACUUCCUGAAGAUGUCAUCAUUGACAUCUUAGCGCGUUUAUCAAGAUUCGACUAUCCAAAACUCUCUCUUGUUUCCAAGUACUUUCAGUCACUCGUUGCUUCGCCUGAGCUAUACGCAAGAAGAUCCUUGUUGGCCUGCACUGAAGACUUUGUCUAUGUUGUCCUAGAUGACAUAAACACCUCUUAUAGUUAUUUUUACGAUUGGUAUAUCCUCUGCCAGAAAGCCAACGGCAGUCACUGCUUGGUCCGUGCCCCCUCGACGAUUCCCUCUAUGUAUUACCAUGCAAGCUUUGUGGCAGUGGGUUCGAGGAUAUAUGUUUUUGGUGGGAUUGACCAAACAAAUAUGACGACAAAUGCGUUUUGCAUGGAUUGUACAUCCCAUACGGUGGAAACCCUCCCAAGCAUCCCUGUUCCUUUGGUUUGUAAAUUCGAUGGCUUCAUCCACGGGAAAAUAUAUGUUAUUGGACAUUGCUAUCAUGACAACACGUACAAAGAAUGUGAUGGUAGUGUUCGAUACAAAAACACAAAUGUGGGAGCAUGCGAUGAUUAAGCCAGAGAUGGAGACAGCUCUCGGAAUAAGGGAUUGUUAUAGAAGCUAUGUGUACGAGCCAAAGGAAAGUAAAUGGAAAACAGACUAUAUGCUGAAUUCUAUCGUUGGGUGGAUGCAUGUGUGGUUGAUGAUGUAUUGUACUACCAUGAUCGGGGGGUCGGGGUCGUGAGCACCUUAAGAGCUUAUGAUCCAAAUCAGAAGUCUUGGAGAGUGGUGAAAGGCGUGGGAGAAUUAA